CGAUACCUCGAGACCUACAUCAAUGUAUGUUUCUCCUUUUUGACUUCUGACUUUGCGAACGAGCGCGGAUACAUCUGGAUCAAGGGCCGAUUACUUGCGCUCAUACCUUUCGAAAACGUUAUCAACGUAUCUGGCCGUCGUUUGUCUACUGCCAAGAUCGAGUCGGCGCUUAUCAUGCACAAGGGCGUCGCUGAAACUGCCAUCAUCGGAACCCCUGACGAAUUGACUGGACAAGCUGUCUUCGCCUUCGUUUCCUUGAAACCAUACGAUCCCAACGACGAAUCUGGCUUGGUCAAGGAGCUUGUGCUCCAGGUGCGCAAGGUAAAUGGACCGUUCGCGGCUCCGAAGAAGGUUAGCGGCCUACCCAAGACGCGUUCUGGAAAGAUCAUGCGUAGGAUUCUGAAGAAGAUUGUCGCGGGAGAGGGCGAUCAGCUGGGUGAUCUUGGCACUGUCGCUGAGCCUGCUAGGGUGGAGGUCGUUAAGAAAAGGGUGGCAGGAUUGUAA